CGUUGCUCGAUGUACAACUGACACGUGUUUGAUCAACGUGGCACAACGUGAUGGCCAUAAGGUAGAUUCCCACGGGUUGCCUACAGGCUCGGACCAGAACCCUCUCUCCACUCGAGUUUGGGAGCUGCGGUUCGGCUCUUCCAUGGCUACGGCUCAUCUUGCGAGAAAAUCUCCCUCUUCAUCGUCGUUCUUGGCUCUCGGGUCGGUGAUUCAGAGAUCAAAGACCGACAUAUCGUCUCCGGUGGCGGGCCAUGGCGCGUCCAAACCUAGGUGGGCUUCGUCUUCUUCUUCUUCUUCUUCUUCUUCUUCUUCUUCAUCAUCAUCAUCAUCGGUAUCAUCUUUGAAGCACGAGAAGAAGAUGACUGAGCGUCUGUCUGCUGUGAUAGAUGCCGUCAAUGACCGGAAGCUGCCUCCCGAGCUCCGUGGUCAACGCAACAACGUCAGGUCAGAAACUGAUAUUAUCAGCGUUGUUGAACAAAGAAUAUGGCACUCCAUGGAGGAAGGACAGUUUGAGAACCUACCAGGAAAGGGCAAACCAUUGAACCUCGGAACUAAUCCUCAUGUAGACCCAGCGGAGGACACAUUGUACAGAAUUCUUUCCAAGAAUGGAUGUGCACCAGAGUGGGUUGAGUUGAACAAGGAGAUCAGGAACAAAGCUUCUGAAUGGCGGAAGGCUCUAAAGACAGCAUGGUUGAGUAAGCGCAGUGGAGAUCAAUCCAAGUGGGAUGAAAGUUUGAAUGCAUUAAAAUCUCAGUUGCAUGAUAUCAAUGACAAGGUUUUUCGGUACAAUCUGAUUGUUCCUUUGGGCAGGCAGAUGUUUGGAUUAAAAUGGGAAAAAGAAUUAAGGCGAAUAGAAGAGGAUGAGAAAAAGCUACAUGGAUCAGAACAAUGAGUUAUGUUCUUGUUAUAUGUUUACACCAUAGAUAUUUUGUAAAAUGUAGAUGAUCGGUCACUUUUUCUUUUGGUUCUUGAGCAAGAUCUAUAUCAUAUACACACACACACACACACAUAUAUAUAAAUAUGGGUCAUAUUCAUCAAAGAAAAAAAUGUCCAAUAUCGAGUUCAAAUAGAUGGCUUUAACUUGUAAUCUUGUCGGGAUGUAUUAGGUUCUAAAGCAUUUCUUUUGAAAAUCAAGAGCAGGAUUAUGUAUUUCUUUAUUAUUAAGAAGAGAGCUUUGAAGGCA